AUGGAUAUUUAUAAAACCAUAUAUGUAUUUAUAGUUGUGUUGGCUUCAAGCUUUGGCUUUGGAUCUACUGGUGAUAUAGUGCACCACGAUGACGUCGCUCCCAAGCGGCCCGGCUGCGAAAAUAACUUCGUUCUGGUCAAAGUACCAACUUAUAUUAAUGGUGUAGAAGACAUUGAGUAUGUUGGUGUUGGUGCUCGUUUUGGCCUCACUUUGGAAUCAAAGGAAAAACAUGCUAAUUUAUCUAUACUUUCUCUGGCUGACCCUCCUGAUUGCUGCAGAAAACCCAAAAAUAAGCUUUCAGGGGAGGUGAUCUUGGCUCACCGAGGUAACUGUAGCUUCACAACCAAGGCAAAUGUUGCUGAAGAUGCUGGUGCUUCAGCAAUUCUUAUAAUAAACAACCGGACAGAACUCUUCAAGAUGGUUUGUGAAGUCAAUGAAACUGAUGUGAAGAUUGGCAUUGCUGCUGUCAUGCUCCCACAAGAUGCUGGUGCCAGCUUGGAAAAAUAUUUGACGAGCAGCUCAUCAGUUAAAGUGCAACUAUACUCUCCACAACGUCCAGUGGUUGAUGUUGCAGAAGUGUUCUUAUGGCUUAUGGCUGCCGGUACCAUUUUAUGUGCUUCUUACUGGUCUGCAUGGAGUGCUAGAGAAGCUGCUAUAGAGCAGGAUAAGCUAUUAAAGGAUGGUUCUGAUGAAUUUAUUCAGACAGAUGCUGUUCGUUCUAGUGGUAUCGUUAACAUCAACACGGCGUCUGCAAUACUCUUUGUUGUGAUUGCUUCAUGUUUCUUGGUUAUGCUUUACAAACUUAUGUCUUACUGGUUUAUCGAGGUUCUGGUGGUAUUGUUCUGCAUUGGGGGAGUAGAGGGCUUGCAAACUUGCUUGGUUGCUUUGUUAUCAUGUUUCGGAUGGUUUCAACCUGCUGGAGAAUCAUUUGUUAAAGUUCCCUUUUUUGGAGCUGUCUCAUAUCUGACACUGGCAGUCUCUCCUUUCUGCAUAGCAUUUGCUGUUGUUUGGGCAGUUUUCCGGCGUGUCUCCUUUGCUUGGAUAGGUCAAGAUAUCCUUGGUAUUGCUCUGAUCAUUACAGUUCUUCAGAUUGUUCGUGUUCCAAAUCUCAAGGUUGGAACAGUUCUUCUAAGUUGUGCCUUCUUGUAUGACAUCUUCUGGGUCUUUGUUUCCAAAUGGUGGUUCAAGGAGAGUGUGAUGAUAGUGGUAGCUCGUGGUGAUAAGAGUGGAGAGGAUGGUAUACCGAUGCUACUGAAAAUCCCACGGAUGUUUGAUCCUUGGGGUGGCUAUAGCAUAAUUGGCUUUGGUGACAUCAUCUUACCAGGAUUACUUGUAGCUUUUUCAUUGAGGUAUGAUUGGCUAGCAAAGAAGAAUCUUCGAGCAGGAUACUUCUUGUGGGCAAUGACUGCUUAUGGUUUAGGCCUCCUAAUCACAUACGUGGCUUUGAACAUGAUGGAUGGACAUGGGCAGCCAGCUUUGCUUUACAUUGUUCCAUUUACCCUUGGUAAGUAG